AAAACGGUCUAUGAAAAACAUUUAUUUAAUAUGACUAAUAGAAUUAAAUGUCCUGAACUUAACGUUGCCGGUAGUAUUUAAGUGCGGAGGUAGUAUAUGUAUAUGAUCAUUCAAAGUUUAGGAUUUGCGAAUUAAGUUUACUAACGGCACGCAUGGUUUGGACAAUCCGUGUUUCCUUCUGCUGUGGUGUUGCUCACGCAUAUAGUCCCGUCUUCUUACAGUGUUUCACUCAACCAAAAUUGUUUGAUUUCAUUUUAUGCUCUCUUGUGCAUCACCUAAGGGCCAGUAGUUCCUCUUGGCCCUGAGAGCGAGCAUGGUUGAGAGUGAGAAAACAGAAGCAGGCUUCGAAGGGUUUGAGAAGCGCGUGGAGAUUUCAUUUUCAUUCAGCGAGAGCGGGGAGCCCAAGAAACUAGGGCUUAGGGCCCUGAGUGGGGCCCAAAUAAAGUCAAUUCUGGAAGCCGCCCGUUGCAGCAUUGUGUCGCAGCUCUCAAAUUCGGAAUUGGACUCUUACGUGCUCUCCGAGUCCAGCCUCUUUGUCUUCCCUUUGAAGAUCAUACUGAAAACUUGCGGCACCACCAGGCUCCUCCUAUCCGUUAAGCCCAUUCUCGACCUUGCAGCUUCACUAUCACUCUCUGUUUUCGCCGUUAAGUACUCGCGCGGCUCCUUUCUUUUCCCAAAUGACCAGCCUGCCCCUCACGACACUUUCUUAAACGAAGUUGCAUUGCUUAAUCACUAUUUUGCCCAUCUUAAUGCCAAGGCCUACGUCAUCGGCAACCCAAAUCGCUGCUGGCACCUCUACUCCGCCUGCGGCGAAGCUGCCACGUUGUCGUUGACCGUUGAAAUUUGCAUGACCGGGUUGGACCGCGACAAGGCCCGCGUGUUUCACAAGGAAUGGGGAGGGGGCAAAAUGACGGAAAUGUCCGGGAUUUCGGAGAUUGUUCAGAGUCACGUGAUCUGCGACUUCGAGUUUGAGCCGUGCGGGUACUCCAUGAAUGGGAUCGAGGGUGCGGCGUUUUCUACCGUGCACGUGACCCCGGAAAAUGGGUUCAGUUAUGGAAGCUACGAGGUGCAGGGGUUGGACCCGGGGUCAAAUGGUUUCGGGGCGCUGGUGAGAAAGGUGCUCAAGUGCUUUUGCCCCAGUGACUUCUCUGUUGCUGUCACGUGUGAAGUGGGUGCCGAGGACUGGGCCAUGUCGGAUGCUGACGUGGAGGGGUAUUGCUGCCAGAACGUGGUGAAGCAACAGUUGCUGCCGGGGAAGGGCUGUCUAGUUUACCGGACUUACUCCGCUAGAGGCAGAGGGAGAGGGUCGCCCAAAAUAGCCAUCGUCAAGUGCAGCAAUGAGAUUGAGAAGGAGGAGCUUGUGCUUUCUUCCUGUCUCACUUCUACUUAGCAAUUACUCGUAGCCUAUUGCAACCUCUGUUUCGUGUCGUGUUUGGGGCUUGCAAUCUUUGAGUAUUGGAACUUUUUGUAAUGAUCAGCUGUAUUUAAUGCUUGUUUGCACUUUGGAUCCAUGUUCCAUUAGAUUUUUUAAUAAUUGAGGACUAUUUUCACAUUUUA